GAGGACAGCCAUGGGUGCCCAAGAACAAUGAGACUUUCAGAGGAGGUGAUUAUGAGAAACUGGAUCUUCUCAUGGUGGUUACCUGAAAUGAUGAGCUUGACUGAGGUGGAUCUAUGAGUAAUCUGAAAGAGUUCCCUGCCAUCCAAAGCCUAUGCCAAAACAGCCGUAGGAAGUGUUUCCAGGGAAAGGUUCACCUGAGAAGCAAAGGCGUAGUCCAGGAAGUUUGCCUCUGCUCCGGAAUCCAGUAAUGCCUUAACUGGGUGAGAAGGGUGAUGUACCCACAAAGUUGCUGGGAGAAAAGUUUUAGUAUGAGAGGAAGAGUUAUCGGAAGUUGAUGUGGUGUCUCCGCUGCUACUGGCGACCGUUGUCUUUUGGCUAGACUGGGCAGGAAUCUAUUAAAUGACCAGGGCCACCACAGUAGAGGCAAACUCCAGCUGAUAUGCGUCUCUGGCGUUUGUCAGCAGAGAGAGAUGGGUUCAGCCAAGCUGCAUGGGUUCCUCAGUAGAGGUAGAAGUGUUAGAAUUAGAUGAUGUGUGAGAGAUGGAAGUACCUGGACUGGGUGGUGGUAGGCUGGAUCUUCGUUCUGUAGCCCGGUCUCUUAACCGGUUGUCCAAUCGGAUGGUUAGGGUGAUCAGCACAUUCAGGGUAAGAGGUUGAUCUCUGCUGGCCAGCUCAUCCCUAAGCCGUUUGGUGAGGCCUUUUCUGAACAUCGCCCUGAAAGCCUCAUCUUUCCACCCUGAGUCAGCAGCCAGAGUCCUAAAAUCCACAGCAUAGUCAGCAGCACUGCGAGCACCCUGUUUGAUCCUCAUCAGUUGACUGAGUCCCGCCCACUCACAGGGUGGUCAAAUACACGUCUUAUUUCAGUCACCAAAAAAAAAAACAAUAAAUAAAAUCAAAGAAAGAUGUCCAAAACCAUGGUGAACCAAAGAAGACUCCGCCCACUGCAACACUUGUCCCUCUAGUAAACUGACAAUGCAGCAGAUCUUCAGUGUUUGUUCUAAAACUAAGGCCUACUGCAGGAGGAAGCCCCUGCACUUACCCAGGUCCCCAGAGUAAGGUUUGGGGUCCGGGAUAUGGGUUUAUCUAACAGCUCCUGGUGGACUCCAUGGAGGAGCAGGAGUGGGUGGGGCUGGCUGGCGUAUGCUGUGAGAGAAAAAGAGGAAAACUGUUGUGAAACCUGACCGACAAUUUUGUUAAAUUUGUGGUCCAGGGUGAGUAUCAUGUGCUCGUGUCUCAAAAGCUCCGGGUUGAGAGGAGAAGCAGGUUGUUGAGCAAGGUCCAGGGAAGAAGAGAUGUCCGCUGGAUUUAAGCUGGCCAGACUUUUCUGUUAUGGCAGGUGGGUGCAAGGGGGAAUCAAAAUGUGGACACUUCUUUCUGGGUAACAAGUUUUAUUUUGAACAGAGUGAGGAUGGCAGGCUGGCUGGCUGGCUGGCUGGCUGGCAGAAUCUUGGGAGGGAGAAACAGGUGGAUUAGGACACAUAAAAAUUUCUUGGCUCUGAUUGUACUUGCCAAUAAUGUUCCCAGAGGUGAACAAUAGUCUGUCGUCGGCUGGAGGUCCAUGUGAGGUUUAUGUAGAGUGGCUGACAAGGAGCAGGUGCGUGACCAGGACGAGGUGCAGGUGUGGCUCAGGCACUGGAUGAGAGCAUCCCCACAGGAUCACAACAGACUGGUCCUGAUGUAAACAACGUUUACUAAUCCAGUUUAUCAUAUUUUUUUCUUUCAACCACCCCCGGAUAGUUCAAUACAAUAACGCACAGCUAAGGUUAUUUUUUUUUAUCAAUUCCUGGUUUUUGACGUCAUCAGGCUUGAGAAUGGGCGGCGACCCGCCUGGAGCCUCUCGCAGGAUAAAGGUUCACGCACAGAGCGGUCCCUCGUCUGCUCUCCUGUCUUCGACGAUCACGCGCCAUGCUGGGAGCCAGGAAGAAAGACGCUGGGACAUCCGAGACAACGGCCAUCAACCCCCUGAGAAACUUAGGAAUCCAGGAGGAUGAGGAUGUGAAGAAGAUGCUGCAGGGCUCCAGCAUAGUCAAGGUUCGCUCCCCACAUCGGCAGAAGCGCAGGACUCUGCGGCUGCUGGAGGAUGGAGUCACUAUCUGGUGCCAGUCACACAAAUCAUCCAGCCGGACCAAAGAACAACAAUCCUUCUCUAUCAUGGACGUAGAGUGUGUUCGUGAAGGCUGCCAGUUGGAGACAGUGCGCCACAAGAUGGGCUCAGAAUCCACAAAGCGGGGUUUGACUGUGGUCUUCAAGGGGCCACGCAAGAGUCUAGUCCUCCUGUGCCAGAGCGAGGAGGAGGCCCAGCAGUGGGUCCGUGGCAUCAGGACCCUGCAGGAGCGGAUGGAUAACAUGACCCACAAGGAGAAACUGGACCAUUGGAUUCAUGCUUACCUGAGCCGGGCAGACGAGAACCAUGAUGACAAGAUGAGCUACGAGGAGGUGCAAAAACUGCUGCGCAUGAUCAACGUGGACCAGAGCGAUCAGUACGCCCGCAGCCUUUUCCAGAAAUGUGAUCACUCUGCUGAUGGCCACCUGGACCAUGAAGAGAUUGAAGUCUUCUGCAAGGAGCUGUUAAAAAGACCAGAACUGGACACCAUUUUCAUCCAGCACUCGGCCAACGGCUUUAUGCUCUCCACUGAUGACCUAAGGGACUUCCUGAAGGAGCAGGAGGAGGACUGCUCUGUGACUCACGCCCAGAGCCUCAUCCUUACCUACGAGCUCAACAAGUGGGCCCAGAAGAACCAUCUGAUGACCCCCAAUGGGUUUACCAUGUACAUGCUGUCCAAGCACAACUGUGUAUUCAAUCCAGAUCACGCCUGGGUCUACCAGGACAUGACGCAGCCAUUGGCUCACUACUUCAUCUCUUCAUCUCACAAAACCUACCUCACCAAGGAGCAGAUGACCAGAAACAGCAGCACGGAGCCAUACAUACGAGCUCUGAGCCAUGGCUGUCGCUGUGUAGAGCUGGACUGCUGGGAUGGAGAUGGAGGGGAGCCUGUCAUCUACCAUGGACACAUCCUGACCUCCAAAGUGCCCUUUGUUGAAGUCAUCAAGAUCAUCAAUGAGUUCGCCUUCAAGGCGUCCCCCUUUCCUCUGAUCCUCUCUCUGGAGAACCACUGCUCUGUGGAACAACAAGCUGUCAUGGCCCGACACCUGCGCUCCAUUCUUGGGGAGAAACUACUGCAGCGGCCUCUCAGCACAGAGAAGUCCAAAUGCCUUCCUUCCCCAGAGGAUCUGAAGGGUAAGAUCCUGGUUAAGGGGAAGAGGGAAGAGUCAGCAGAGGAGUGUUUAUCCAGUUCUUCAGACCUUAAUUCUUCAGAUGACGAGACCAGCGUGGCAGAAGGGAGAUCCAAGAAGAAGAAAGAUGGCAAAAAGGCUGGUGUGUCAAAGCUGAGUCCAGAGCUGUCUGAGUUGGUGGUAUACACUCGCAGCGUUCACUUUAAGGGUUUUGAUCAAGCUGCCAAAAACUCACCGUAUCAAAUGUCGUCCUUCUCUGAGAGAGAAGCACUCAAGCUUAUUAAGGAUUCUGGGGUCCUCUUUGUGCGCCACAAUAGUCACAAGCUCAGCAGGAUUUACCCAUCUGGCCGGCGCCUCCUGGCCUCCAACUACAACCCUCAGCAGAUGUGGAAUGCAGGCUGUCAGAUCGUUGCUUUGAACUUCCAGACACCUGGUGAGCAGAUGGACCUGAACCAAGGCCGUUUUCUGCAGAACGGUCUGUGUGGAUAUGUUCUGAAGCCUCCUUUCAUGUGCAAACCUGACAGCACCUUCAACCCUGAAAACGUUGGAGGAGGCCCCGGUCACAGACCUAUCCUCCUCACCAUUCGGGUCAUUUCAGCUCAGCAGCUCCCAAAACCAGAAAGGGAGAAACCUAGCUGUAUUGUGGACCCUCAAGUUUGGGUGGAGAUUCAUGGAGUUCCUAUUGACAACAACAAGCAGAAAACUCAUUAUGUUAAGAAAAAUGGCCUUAACCCACAGUGGAACUGCACCUUGAAUUUCACCGUCCGUGUUCCCGACUUGGCUCUGGUCCGCUUCAUGGUGGAGGAUCAUGACUACACGUCAAGCAAUGACUUCCUAGGACAAUACACAUUACCGUUCACCAGUAUACGGUCAGGUUACCGACAUGUUCCCUUGUUUAAGCUGGAUGGGUCCAGCCUUUCACCCUCCACACUCUUCAUCCAUGUGAAGUUCAGCACCUGUCAGAGCACUCUGUCCAGAUCCUAAGCUGCUUCACCAGGGAGGUUACCAGCCAAGUGUCAAACCAAGAGAGUCUAACCUUGCCUCCUCUCACACAGCAGCUGACAGAACCAACUAACGUGGAUGCAAAAUCUGGUUUUUGUACUUACAGAAGUCAUACUACUACAGCAAAAACCUUUAACUAUUUUUAUUGUAGUAGAAGGGCUUAUGUUAUCUUAGUUAAGCUUACAUUUAUCAAAAGAAAGGGAACACUAUUCAAAAUUCUAAAGCUGUAUUUCUCCUGGACAUAUCCAGUGACUUGAGUGAAAAACUACAGUAACUGUUACGGUGAAAACUUGAAGACUGGGCAAAAAAAUGGGCAAAUCUGUAUGAAAUCUUUUCUAUAUAUCCCAAUAGAGCUGUGAAAGAAAAGGUCUGAUGCAAUAUUUGUGAUAUUUGCACGACUUUGACUUUCUGACAAAGCCUCUUCCAACUGUAGGAACAUUCAUUAGCAUCGGGUAGCGACAGUCCAGUGUGAACCUCAUAUGCUUUUUUUCUUUUAACUUGUUCUGUCCAACAACUGAGCGAACAGAUGAGAGCUGAAGGCCAUUUCUGUUGGACAGGUUUAACUUUUACAAAAAGAGUUUAUGUAUGUUGGGAUAGCCAGGGUUGUUUUUUUAUUAUAUUUUAUUUAAUUGUGUAACAAAGGUAGACUGUUUUAUUUUUGUGCCUAUUUGUUUUGAACUUAACUAAAUCCUGAUCAUUUUUAUAUAUAUUUAAUGAAAUGUUCAUUUUGUUCAUAAUCAGGAUGUACAUUUAUAUUUAUAAUAUUAAAUACUGUAUCACUUUUAUUAAUAGUCUGAACCAUCUUUUAUUUUGAGAAAUCAUUUAUGUUGAAAAUCACAGGAUCGGGUGCUAAAUCAGUCCAGUACGGGGGAAAAAAUCACACCCACGUCACGUGCUCCCCCGACCCCUGUUGGGGGUUUUUUGGCUGGGUCUGGCGGUUUUCAGAUGACUUUUGGGCUGGCAAACUAAUGCUUUUGUUCUCUGCUUGCAUUUUGAAUUUAUUUUGUGGGUUACUGCUGAAAAUGCAACAGAAAAUGUGUUAAAGUGCAAUGUUAACUAUGUAUGGUGAUUAUGCAUUUCAUUCUACAGCAAACCUUGCAGAUAUAUUAGAGGUUUGUAAAAGACACGUGUGGACAGGUUUUCUGUUUCCUGCUCAACAGGAUACUGCGAUCCCAUGUGUUUGACCAGGGAACUGCAUGCCACCGAGUUAUCUUUAUUUUUUGUUUGAUAUGUACAGGUAUGGACUCUGUUUCAUGUGUUGUUACAUAAUUGAUGUUAAUGCUGGUUGUGCUGAAUAUUAUAUUAAGUUACAUGUUUUUUAAUAUUUUAAGAGCUUGCAAAUAUUUUGGUUGUAUUUCAUUUGUAUAUUUGUUAUCGAGGAAAAUAAAUGCUUUACGUUUAUUAUUAUCAUUUUGUGAAAGUUAGUGCAGAGACAACUGAGAGGAGGAUACUGCGACCCCACGUGUUUGACCAGGGAACUAGGUGUCACAGAGUUUUCUUUAUUUUUUGUUUGAUAUGUACAGAUCCUGCUGCUGUCAUCAAUAAAAAAGGGCAUCAAUCAGCAGAUGUUUGGGAACAGACUCACCAUUGUUCCAGCAGAACAAAAACCCAACGCAGAUUUUUUUGGGUCAACGGAUGUGCAUCACAAACUAAAUUCCAACCAGGCAGAUACACGCCUGUUACAUUUGUUACAUUUCAUGCUUUAAGUAUUUAUAUACAAUACAGACCAAAGACACACCUUCUCAUUCAAAAAGUUUUCUGUAUUUUCAUGACUGAAAAUUGUAAUCACACUUAAGGCAUCAAAACUGUGAAUUAACAU